AUGAAACCACGAGACGACUCUUAUCCACUCGAAGAGGGUGAGGAAGGUUAUCAUGAAGAAGACAUGACGGUUCCGAACUCUUGCACAAAACAAGUACGAUUUGAAGAAAAAUAUUCGGAAUUGAGGCCACCUUCUUCCACAUUAUCAAAAUCUAAUAACAGCAACAACAACAAAUCAAAUACAAUACACCGAGAUGAAACUUGUUUAAAACCAAUGUCAAAUGUUGACACGGAAACAAACCAAAAAAUAACAAUGGCCAUGCAAUCCAUCAUGAAAAAACUAGGGAAGGAAAUGAUUCGGGAUAGAAUGAAGAGGAAUAUUGGAAAUGAUGAUCCUCUAGAUUUGGAAUCUGUAACAUUAGCUAUAGAAUUUUUCAAACGAGAGGAGAAAGAUUUUGAGGAGCGUAAAGCAAAUUGGAUAAGCGUUGAAAUUGUUUAUCAAAUUCACGAUUUGGUCAUAAAAACACGAAUACUUCAACAAAAUGGACUUGUAAAUAUUGAAAAAUUGAAAUCGGUGAUUGGAACACGAGUGAAAAUUGGAUCAACAAUUUUAGAUGUGCUCCUGGCAAAGACAACAAGUGUCAAUGAACCUUGUUCCUUGGAAUACAACAAAUUUCUUGCGUUUUGUUUGACCCUCACUGGUGAUACUGUCUUUACCAUUUUGGAAAAUGCUCUCUCUUUAUUUUGUGCAUCAGGAACCGUUUCAGUGCAUGAACAAAGCGAGGACGAUAUUGUUGCUAUUGACGAGUUUAUGUAUUGUAUCAAAUUUUUGGCAGAAGAGGAAGCAAGGUGUGAAAAUAAGGAGGUAUCUCAAGAGCUAAAAAUGAUGUAUGAAGAGCUUUCUGGGCUGUCCAAAGAAGAAGCCUUCAUCACGAGAGGAAUGGUAAUUUCGAGUUUAUCCUGGCAAUCACUACUGGAAAUAGAAUUCAAGAAAGUUGGCAGUUAA